AUGGCGGAAGACGCUGCUGCGGAGGGGACGGCAGAGGCGUCGGCGCCGCAACCUCAGCAGCAACAGACAGCGAAGGCGAAGAGAGGGAAGGGCAAGGAGAAGGAGAAGAAGGAUAAAGACGACAAUACUCCUCCGGUCAAGAGACGGUGUGUGUCGACAGCAUGCAUUGCUUGCCGCAAGCGGAAGUCUAAGUGUGACGGAAACACUCCCAGCUGUGCCGCUUGCUCUUCGGUCUACCAUACUCCAUGUGUAUAUGAUCCAAAUUCGGACCACCGGCGCAAAGGAGUGUAUAAACAGGACAUAGACAACCUUAGGAACCGCAAUACCACUCUACAGACGUUGGUGCAAGCGAUCCUUACAUACGAUGAAGAUGAUGUCCCCGAUCUCGUGCGGCAGAUACGGGCUGCGGAAGACCUCGAAGUGGUUGCAGAAUCCAUAUUGAAACGACAAAAGCAGCUGGGGUCUGCAGCAAAUGAUAAUAAAACUGUGUCUACUGGAGCAGAGUCCCCCUUCAGUGACGUUCCCCAGUUUGAGUCUGAACUUAUCGGCAAGGUAAGUGAACUGAGGCUUGAUGGUGCCGUGAAAUAUGUAGGAGGGACAUCAAACUUGAUAUUCCUGCCUGAGCUCUCAGAAGACGAUGAACUAUACUCAGAAGCAGAAUCCUCUGUGGACCGGCCGGAUCAACAGGACUACAUCAGCUCUUGGACUACUGUAACGGAAAACAAGGAGCUUAUUCGGCACCUCCUUACCAUGUAUUUCACAUGGCAUUAUGCCUAUUUCACAACUUUGUCCAAGGAGCUGUUUUACCGUGAUUUCAUGUUGGGGCGUUCAAGCCAGUAUUGUUCUGCACUGCUUGUCAAUGCAAUGCUAGCACUAGGAUGUCAUUUCAGUGCCUGGCCAGCCUCUCGAGAGGACCCUAACGACUCAUCCACCUCUGGAGACCACUUUUUUAAGGAAGCAAAACGGCUGAUCCUAGACAACGAUGAACAUACGAAAGCAAAGCUAUGCACAGUACAAGCUCUUGCCAUUAUGUCAGUGAGAGAGGCUGGUUGUGGCCGAGAGGGCUCUGGAUGGGUUUACAGCGGAAUGAGCUUCCGUAUGGCCUAUGACCUUGGGUUAAAUGUGGAUUCAGCUGGUAUGGGCUCAUACAACCUUUCAGCGGAGGACAUUGAUGCUCGCAGAAUUACAUUCUGGGGCUGUUUCUUAUUUGAUAAGUGCUGGUCCAACUAUCUCGGACGCCAACCACAGUUGUCUGGGUCUCAUAUCACCGUUCCAAAGUUCGAUGUUUUCCCCAAGGAAGACUCAGAAAUCUGGUCACCAUAUACGGAUUCUGGCGUUUCAGAUGAUUAUAGCCAGCCUUCACGGACAAGGGCUGUAGCACUGCAAAUAUCCAAACUUUGCGAAAUCAGCAAUGACUUGCUAGCUGCAUUUUACAAUACGGCACCAUCAAAGCAAAUUGCUAAGCAAGAGGAACUGAGGCGGCUAACCCAACUUCACACCCGUUUGGAGGCAUGGCGUAAAGCACUACCACCAGAAAUGGAGCCCAAAGAUGGCCAAUUACCCCAAGUUCUUCUUAUGCACAUGUUCUUCCAAUUACUAUUCAUACAUCUUUACCGUCCGUUUUUGAAAUACACGAAGUCCACCUCCCCAUUACCAGCUCAUGUUUCUCCUAGGAAACUAUGCACCCAAGGAGCCUCUGUUAUCUCAAAGCUGUUACGCUUAUACAAGCGCACGUACGGAUUACGGCAGAUCUGCAACCUUGCAGUAUACAUCGCCCAUUCUGCAUGCACCAUUCAUCUCCUUAACCUUCCAGACAAGUCCGCCAAACGGGACAUUGCACAUGGACUCAAACACUUGGAAGAGAUUGCUGAAAGUUGGCUAUGUGCACGAAGAACUCUACGGAUCUUAGACCUACUAUCGAAGAGGUGGAAAGUCGAACUUCCAGAGGAAGCAGUAGCUGUCAUUGAGCGGUCUCGUGCCAGAUUCGGGUCCACCAGUUCUUGGGAACAAAUGCAGUCACCUUCAUCAUCAGGGGCAUCACCAAAACAACAUGACCGUAUUCACUUGCCAGAACAAGCAACGCAUGCCCCUACAUCUGAACCAGCCAAACCGUCAAAAAUGCCCGCAGUAGUGAAUGCUCAAACUACCUCCCGCACUCCCCUAUAUCCAACGCCAGUUCAGGUUCCUCAUCCAGACGAAGUUACUCAGCUUCCACCAUCUGUUUCUAGGGAGCAAUGCCGUGCAGAAGACGCAAUGCCCUCGAAAAGUAACGAAUCCCUAGCUAAGCAGAAGCUAUCAACAAUACCACAACCCCCGAUGAACUCUACCCCAACCCUUGGCGAUGAUCUCCCUAUGGCGCUCCCCCAAUCACCAACGUUUAUAGAUUCCGACAAGCUACUCCAAGCCAGCCAAAACUGGUGGCUGAAAGAUCAGAACGCCCUCGCUCUAGGUAUGGAUAACUGGUCUAGCAACUGGGGCACUCCAAAUGAAGGCCCUGGUAACACUAUGGAUUUUCCAACCUCAGCCAGCAACUCUGGCCCCUCAAUACAGGCCACUGAACCUUACACUAACCACGGCCAACAACCCAUGCAUAUUGAAGGCCUCCUCCCUACUGCGGCGGCUCUUGGUCUCUCUCGUCCAAUCACUUCUGCCGGAAACUUCAACACGGAAUUCCUCGCAGCUCAUAGUAACCCCACCCACCCGAAUAUCGCCAACUACAUGCCUCAACGAGGUGACGGGGAGUAUUCUGAGCAAGGCGACAUGUUCUACUAA